UGUUUACAUGGUGCCGCAGCGCAGGGAAAAUUCUGCCCCGAAUAAAAAAAACGUGCUAAAUAUUAGAACUAUUCAACCGGGCGCCUAUUUGUUCGCACUAAAAUAAUGUGAAAAAUCGAAAACAUAUUCUUAAGAUUGCAGUAGAAUGUUUGUCGGGCCGCUGUAAAAUACUGAAAAUCCUAUGGAAAUCAGAAGAAAAGUGCCUAAUCAAAUAAAAAGAAAUAAAAAGCUUUGAGCUAUAAUAAUUUGAUAACAAUAAGCAACGACGGUGCUGAAUUUCAAUUUAAUUGAAAGUUCUCGGUGACAGCGACGUUGACGUCGCAGAUUUUAAUAAGAAUACAACGACUGUAGCUGUGUGCCGCCAUGUGUAUAGUAUAUAAUUGUGUUUGUGUGAGUGAGUGAGCGCUGAAGAUGCGCGAAAACGUAAAUUAAUUGCAACAACAAAACGUGGGGCCAAAAGGUGCGAAUGAAGCGCAAGAAAAAGAAAAAUCAAUAGAAAUAGAAUGCAAAUCGUUGGGGAUUUCAGCAAGUGCUACCGAAAAUGUAUCGAUAUAGUGGAAAUCAAAGCAAUAGAACAACAACCGCAGCAAACAAAUCAACGCUAUUAAUAAAUAUAAAUAAUAUCUCGUUGGGAGCGACGGCUGCGUAGACGUUGGCGUUUCGCCUACGCAGAUGAUGCGUUGCAUAUGCGGAAUUGCGUAAUUUGCGGCAACUAAAUUGUACAAAUCUAAGGAAAGCCAGAAAAUACAACUUAAGUUUAAAACAAAGUUCGUUAAAACAAAGUCGACACGCCGUAGCGCCUCUAAUUGUGAGAGUGUUGUUCUGUUUUUUUGGCCCAAGUUCAUUUUCGUAUCUGUGUGUGAGUGAGUGUAAGCUCAACAACAACAUGGCUGCCGCAACAGAUGGCUCUGCCAGAGCAGCAGCGGCAGCUGCGUCAACGUUGCCGCGAACGACGACCACAUCGACGCCGAAUGGCGGCACUGUAACCGGCAAACCCCCAAAUUCCGCAGCAUCAGCAACCGCAUCCUCCUCCACCACCUCCUCAUCAAGCUCGUCGUCAGCGUCAGCAGGGCUGCCGGCCGCCGUCUCGCAUUUCUACUACAAACAUGGCCUCUUCCUGUCCAGCUAUCCUACAUGCGCCUCCAGUAUAGCCUUUGUGGCGAUUUUACUUUCGUGCUAUCCGCUGAUCAACAUACCGUUGCCGGGAACCAUACCUACAAAGAUAGUGCUGCCGUACGAGGCCGAGUCUUUAUUGGCCUACAAUCACAGUGGAGCGUUGACGCCUUCCGUAGCCACGGUCGGACCCGAUCCGCCGCCUGAUGCCCCAGCGCACUUAUUCAAUGGAAGUGGCACAGACCGCAGCCUGCCCCCGCUGCUCCCCUGGGCGCAGAGCAGUCCAGCCCUCUUCUACGUCCAGCAGAUCACACUGCGAGCCAGUGUGCUGCCCUGGAGCGAUGGGAUGCAGCUAAUGGAUGCGUUUCGUGCGCCGCUUUACGAAGUUUUUAAAUUGCUCGAAAUUGUGCGCAAUCAUCAGAGCAGCGAGACCCAGCGCACUCUCGAGCACAACUGCCUCCACGUGGAGAACGUGAAACGCGGGGUCCAAGGGCAGCUGGAUCAGAUCUUUCCCGAGUAUGGCUGUCUGCUCCUCUCCCCGGCCAACCUCUGGACGCAGAACGCUCAAAACUUCACCAGAGACACGAAUAUUCUGAACACGAUAUUUCAAUAUCAUAAUCUACAAAAGUCGAAGGUAUCCACAGCGGAAAUGCUAUUUGGACUGCCCAUGCAGGACACUGGCUUCAAGCGCUACCCGCUCCGAGCACGCGCCAGGAUAAUUCAGUAUGCCCUGACGCUGGUUCUGAAGCACAACGAUGUGGAUUAUCUGGAGACGCUGAAGGAGAAGCUGCUGCGCUACUAUCCGCCGAUGCCGAUUUCUGCGACCGGGGAGGAGCCGUCGACCAUAACGUACAUCUUCUACCCGGGAGAGUACAGGAUGUGGGAGCUGGUGCCCUACACAGUGGCCUUUGUGCUGGUUUUCGCCUACGUCUACUUCUCCGUUCGUAAAAUUGAUGUGUUUAGAUCCCGAUUUCUGCUGGCUCUGUGCAGCGUCAUCACCACCGCCGGCAGCCUGGCCAUGUCCCUCGGUCUGUGCUUCUUCUUUGGCCUGACCAUUUCCCUGCAGUCAAAGGACAUAUUCCCCUACCUGGUAAUUCUGGUGGGCCUGGAGAACAGCUUGGUCAUCACGAGGAGUGUGGUGUCCAUGGACGAGACGUUCGAUGUGAAGAUUCGAAUCGCACAGGCACUGAGCAAGGAGGGGUGGCACAUCUCCAAGACGCUACUGACAGAGAUUACCAUUUUGACUAUUGGCCUGGCAACCUUUGUGCCCGUCAUCCAGGAGUUCUGCAUCUUUGCCAUCGUCGGAUUGCUCUCAGACUUCAUGCUGCAGAUGCUGCUCUUCUCCACCAUCUUGGCCAUGAACAUCAAGCGGGCGGAGUAUACCACAGAGGCCAAACACCUGCCCAAAAUGAUGCUCAGCUGCACUCAGGGAGCGGGACGGCAGGAUUUCCGUUUCUUCGGCGCCGCUCCGACCCUGCCUCCGUUUGUGCCAGGCUCCUUUCAGCGGUCGCAGUCCCAUCCGAAGCUUUGCUUUGCCGAUGCCGCUGCCGGAGAGCGGGCAGGCCUGGUCAAUGGGCACGGGCACUCCACGCAGGAGCAGCGCAUCCCCAAGCGUAUCAAGAUCGUCAACUUCUGGGCCCGCACGCGCUUCUUCCAGCGCGCCUUCAUGGUCUGGAUGAUUGUGUGGAUCUGCUCCAUCGUUUACAACUCCGGUUGCCUGGAGCAGCUGUUCACCAUGCAGAGCAACGGGACCAUGACUGGUACUCUGGAGCUGCAGCGGCGCCUCCAGGCGGGUCGCGGAGCAGUCAGCAGCUUCUUCGAGGGACUGAAAGCUGAUGGGCAUCGAACCCCAACUAGCCCCCCAAGCAGCAACGGGUUUAGUACACCAAUAGACCCCCGUUCUGAAAACGACAUUAAUGAAACGGCCGAAGAGCUGCUGCGUCUGCGAUAUCCCAACUUUGACCAGAACUAUUUUCUUUCGAAUUUCCACUGGUCGACUAUUAUGAAGCAGUACAACAUAUCGCUGAGCGGCCACUACGUGACGCUGCUGCCCACUAUCAGGCUGAGUCAUGCCAUAGCGCCGGAGCUUGCCACUCUGCUGCGCAAUCCCCAGGAGCAGCUGCAGCAGAAUUUCCAGUGGAAGGCCCUGGCUGCUGCACUGGAUCCGCUGGACUUCAACGAUGACGACGUUCGCAGAGAGUCCCCGAUGGUGAUGCCCGGCGGAAUGCCGCUCGUUCCCAAGAGUCCCAUGGAGAUCUUCUUCGCCAUCCUGCUGUGCUGCAUCAGCAUUUUCGUUCUCUGCUACACGAUGGUCGUCUUCUAUCGAUGCAUCUGCACCAGAAACUACGCCGAGUGGCGUUCCAGCUGGAACGAGUCCGAGGCCCCCCACAAGCAAACCGAACAAAUACUCGAGGGCGUUCCCACGCAGAUCGCCGGCCAUAAGCAUCGUAUCGAGUGCCUGGUCUCCGACGGGUCCUACAUCAUAAGCUGUUGCCUCAAAGGACAGAUUCGCGUAUGGGACGCACGCAGCGGCGAGCGACUGGCGAGUAUCGGGCGAUCAGAGAUGCAGAUAUCCCAGCCGCGACAGGACGGACAAACACUGGUGCGGAAGCUGCCCGUUUCACCAGUGUGGUGUCUGGACUACUUUGAUAAUCUCAUUGUCGUCGGCUGUGCCAACGGCCGUGUGGAACUGUGGGAGUCCCCGGCAGGCGUGCUCAAGUGCGCCUACCAGGAGGAUGCCCAGCGCAAUCAGGGCAUCACGCACAUCCAUUUAAACGGCGAUCGUGUUAUUGUAGCGCGCCUCAAUGGACGCCUCGAUUUCUACCGUCUGGAGACAUACUACAAAGGCAAGCAGAUCGACUGGGGGUUCACCUCCGCGUACCGACGCACUCACGUGCGGACUGGCUCGACCGGCAGCCUGGGCCUUAUGAUGCAGCAGCAGCAGCAUCGCUGCCAGCAGGACACAGUGCAGAAAACCACCAAGGAGGAGAUGAAGAUCACGCUGGAGGGAGUGCGCCUCGCACACCAGCAACCCAUUACCUGCAUGCAGGUGGUUAACGACAUGGUAUUCACCGGAAGCCAGGAUCACACGUUAAAGGUUUAUUGUCUCAACAAAUCGGAUGCGGAGUACACAUUGCAUGGACAUUGUGGACCAAUAACUUGCCUGUUUGUGGACCGCUGGCAGCCUGGCACUGGCGGAUCAGGAUCGCAGGAUGGCCUCCUCUGUGUUUGGGAUCUUUUUACUGGAGCCUGCAUGUAUAACAUCCAAGCUCACGACGGUGCUGUCAGUUGUCUGGCCUGUGCGCCCAGCUACGUGAUAUCGCUGGGCACAGAUGAACGGAUCUGUGUGUGGGAGCGAUUCCAGGGAAACCUGCUGACUACCAUCAACAUCUCCAAUGCCUAUUCGAGUCUCUUGAUGCUCACCCCGUCGCUGCUUGUGACCAGCAAAAUGGGAUCUCUGAUCGUCUGGGAUGUACGUACCGGACAGCCGGCCCGCGAGGUCAAGCUGGACUUUGCCAAUCUGCAGCUGUGCCCCAAGACCAUGAUGCUUGCCUGCGACUCUGUGGUCUGUGACUAUGGCAACGAAAUACGUGUUGUCCGUUUCCCCAUUGUGGCCGACAAGUGCCACUGAGGGCGCGAAAUAAAAGGAAUUAUAAA